AUGUCCAGAUUUUUAGCCACUACCUUACGUCAAUCCAGAAGAUUAGCUCUCAAACCUCAAGUCUUCAGACUUGCAGUCACCCCGGUCUUAACCCACUCGUUCAGAUCUUACUCUUCUCAAACUAACCAAUUGAAGGAAGUUUUGAAAUCAGAAUUGAAAAUUUCCAAUACCGUUCCAAAUGAAUUGGACUCCUCUUAUACUGAUUACUUGAAAACUUCGGGUUUUGAAGUUGUUCAAGUCGAUGGCCAAUCAAACGUUGAAUUGAAAAAAACUUUACCUGAUGGUCAAACCGUUAGAAUUUAUUUCGAUAUCGAUGAAGUUACCGAUAUUCCAAUUAAUGAAACUCCUGAAGUGGAAGAAGGCCAAGAAUUCGAAGACUUGGAAAAUGAAAUCGACUCCUUGGACUCUUUACUCUGCACCGUUAAAGUCUUAUUCGAAAAACCUGAUAAUACCGGGUUAUUCUUAAACUUAUUCUUACAAGGUUCUGAUAGUUCAUUUUUAAUUGAUUUUGUUAAUCACCAAAAAGAUGUUUCUUCUUUUAUCAAAAAUGAAGUUUCAAAUGGUCAAUUUGUUAAUAAAUUCAAUUAUCAAGGUCCAAGAUUUUCUGAUUUAGAUGAAUCAGUUCAAACUGGAUUCGAAAAUUACUUGGAUUCUCAAGGGAUCGAUUCUCAAUUAGCUGAAUUCAUCUUAACUUUCAGUGAAUUCAAAGAAGAAAAAGAAUAUAGAAAAUGGUUAGCUGAUGUUGCCGGCUACUUAAAUUAA